AUGGCAACUGCUGCUUAUUCUUCAUGUCAAAAUUCAUCUCCAAGAGGAUUAGCCAUGGUUCUAGCCAUGGUGUCUGCAGUGGUGCUUUCACCAUUAUACUUAAACUGGAAAAAUGAAAGCUAUUAUAAGACAAGGUGGAGCUCUGGCUUCGUCCUACCUGUGGUGCUUGCGGGAUUGAUUGUAGCCAUUAAAACGGCAUCGUCUAAUUCAAUGCACAGAGGAAGUAGAGCAUCAGUCUCUCCAUCUCCAGACGAGUUGACAUUGCUCAGAAUCGGGAAUUCCUCUUGGGGACUUGCCGGAAUUUUGAUUAUGCUUAUGUUUGUACUUUCAUGCCAAGCCUCCGCGCAACACUUCUUCUGGAGAUAA